AUGUCACUUGAGUUUCAUUUAUCAGCAAGCACUCCAGGUAUUCAAGAAUUACUGGAUGUUGCUAAACAAGAAAUUCCUUUUGACUUCUAGAAGACUACCCCCUUGGUCUUCAAGGCCACAGCUGGUUUACUUCUGUUACCAGGAGAAAAGGCUCAGAAUUUACUAUAAAAGGUGAAAGAAGUGUUUAAGGCAUCACCUUUCCUUGUAGGGGAUGACUGUGUUUCCGUCAUGAAUGGAACAGAUGAAGGCAUUUCAGCCUGGAUCACCAUCAACUUUCUAACAGGCAGUUUGAAAUCCCCAGGAAGCAGCAGUGUGGGCAUGCUGGAUUUGGGCAGAGGGUCCACUCAGAUCACCUUCCUUCCAAGAGUUGAGGAUACCUUUCAGACCACCCCACCUGUGCAGACAUCACUGCAGAUUUUUAAUAGGACCUACAAGCUCUACUCAGACAGCUACCUGGGGCUUGGAUUGAUGUCAGCACAGCUGGCGAUUCUGGGUGGUGCAGAGGGGAAACCUGGUGAGUGGAAUACAGUGAGUCCUUGUUUGUCUCCCAGUUUCAAAGCAGAGUGGGACCGUGCUGAAAUAACAUACAGAAUUUCAGGACUAAAGGCAGCAGUGAACCUGCACCAGUUGUGUGCACAUAGAGUGUUGCAGGUCCUCAAGAACAAAGUGCACAGCACAGAGGAAGUGAAUGACAUGGAAUUUUAUGCUUUUUCCUACUAUUAUGACCUUGCAACAAAUGUUGGCCUCAUAGUGUGCCAGACAGUGGUGACCCAACCACAGAGCAACCCUUUCAUGUGCAUGGAUCUCACCUAUGUCAGCUUGCUGCUCCAAGAAUUUGGCUUCCUGAGAAAUGAAGUACUGAAGCUGACUCAGAAAAUCAACAAUGUUGAGACCAACUGGGCUCUGGGAGCCAUUUUUCAUUACAUUGAUUCCCUGAAUGGACAGAAGAGUAGGGCUUUGUAGUAGUUGAGCUGCCUACUGUCCUCACAACAGCAGCUCUAUCUCUAUAAGAACAGACCCUUUUGAAUUCUUUGAUAUGUUGGGAGAAGGCCACAGCUCUGGCUAAGUCUCCUCCCUUGACCCUUGCAGACCUGCCCCUAGAAGGGCAGAGGAGGGGAACUUAGCCCAGACCCAACACUUCCUCCUACCUGCCUCAGCUCCAGGUGGGCAGUGAACCAGACAGAGAAAGGGUACAAGCCAAGGCCAAGAAAAUGUAGUUGCACUGUUCCUUCUGUCCCCAUCUGUAGGGUUUGGCAGUUCUGAUAUUUAUCCCUGUGACUGGAGUCUUGUUUUGUGUCCUUGGCCCUGUCUACCUCCACUUCUCCAAGGCAGACCUCUACUUUCUCCCCCAGAAUCAGUGGGGUCGUUGUGCAGGCUGUCCUGGCAGCUCUCAAGGUGAGCCAAGUUGAAACCAUCAUGCUCUCUGAGACAGAGACAGUGGGUUGGCAGGUUGCUGUGAAUUCUGGAUUUAAACAUGUUUGUUCCUCCUUGGGUGUGGAUGUGUGAAGUCAUACAGAGGUCUUCUUCCUUAGUUUUUGGAUGGCUUAUGGUUAACUGAUGGAGUUGACAUUAUGAAAUGAAGGGGCUAGGGAAAAUACCUCUUCAUGGCCCUCAUGUGCCCUAGCUCUUCAAGGAAGGCUGAAUGUGAGCAUGAACUGCUAUAAAAUAUUUAUGGCUGUGCUAUGUGAGUGGUAUGUCUGUCGUGGAGUGCUGAGUGCUUAUGUGGCCAUUGUAUUGUGAGCCCCAGUGAAUGUAUUGCUGUCAUGAACCAUGUGCAGCUAAGCAUUGUCAGGAGACACAAGCCCCCAUAGGUCAGCCAGCUCUGCAGUCUCUAAAAUGCCCUCUUGAAACUGCUCUCUUGUGGCUCUUCCUCCUCAAGCUCCACAGGACACUGACAGCCUUCCAGUGUCAGCAGUACAAGUGUGAUCUCAGAUUCACAAUUGUUCUCUGGUGAAUAUAGUGUACACAAGAUAAGCUGAAUCUCUUGUGUUCCAUUCAUAAUAAAGUUUUAGCAAUUA